GUGAAGGAACGCUACUACAAGGACGUAAAAACCGCGGGACCAACAUCUCGCAUCCUCGAGGGUCUGGAUUUGGAAGAUGGCUAUGUGUCUGGCAAAAGCCCUACGAUGUCUCCUGGUACCAUGAGUCCCCGUGGGACAUUAUUACGUCUGGAUCCGGCCAAUCCACCAACUGUUGAACCCGGACACGUGGUCGUGGUGGGCGCAGCCAGCAAGGGCAUUAUUAAUAGGAAUCAGCGUCACAAUGCUGGCAUCUAUCAAUCCGUGUAUUCGCCUAAUCCAUUCGAUCGUGUUACCGACGAUGACUUGAAACGCUAUCGCGAAAAUAUGGAUCGCAAGGCUAAGGGUUUACCUUCCCUGGAGGAGGAGGAAGCGGCGGCGCGAAUCGAGGAAGCCCGCCAAGCCGCUGAAGUCGCGCGACAGGCCAUGGAAGCUGCCGCUCGCGAGGUCAAAACAGAAUCACAAAAAUACCGACUACAUAGCACUAGCCACUCAGCAUACAGCUCUCAUUUAGGCUUGGAACAAGCUCCAGAUUCAGAUUUAAUACCGGCUCUGUUCAAUCCCAGUUUGGGCUCGCAAAGCGCACCUCAAGAUAGUGUUGGCGAUUGUAAUCUUCCUGCACCGGACUUUCAAACUCAAUGUUCGAAUUCGCUUCAUCGUGGUUUGUUGAUGAGACGUCAUAGUGCAGCGCGGUUCUGGUAUUGGCCACAAAAAUUCACUGUACGUUCAACACCGGUCACUAUGAUGGCUCCGUUACAGUCGAAUGGACUGGCGGAGUCGGUUCGUUUGACGGAGGAGCGCACGGUGCUGGGCCCCAGGUUUCUUAAGCGACACAAAACUAUCACCGAUCCGGCCACAACCAGCGCCGAAGGCGAUACUUCCCAUUUAGGACACUCGUGCACCAGUGGUGCUGAGGCCAGCCACGAUGAUACAGAAAAAGAGCUUAUUGCCCAUGCCAUACGUAUUCAUUUACGAAAACUGGAUUAUUUCAACGGGGAUUGUGCUUCAUUACAGCAUGCUCGAAUUGCCUUGCAUCUCACAACCUAUCAGUUACACGGAAUUCUAUCUUACUUAUUGCCAAACCAACCAUGCAUUUUGGACAGUUGGAUCACUGCAGGUUGGAGUGCUCGACAUGACUGGUUUUCUUCCGAACCAGGGGGAGUUCAUAUUGAACGACUGCUGCGUGAUUCACCCAGUAAUGAACUUUGUGUGGCUGACUGUUCCCGUCUGGAGUUUGAUGCACAUCCUGUACUUGAAAUGUUUGCCGAAGAAUAUCUCGCAUAUUGGAAGUCUUUCCAUCAACCGGAAUCAGAGGAGAAACGACUGCUAUAUCUGAAAGACUGGCAUUAUUUCAGGCGUCCGACGAAUCGGGCAUACUACAUGGUGCCGGAAUUUUUUUCAUCCGAUUGGUUGAACGAAUUCUGGAUGAUUCGACCGGAUUCGGAAGAUGAUUUUCGUUUCGUCUAUUUGGGCACCAUGGGCACGUGGACCCCGUUACAUGCAGACGUAUAUCGUUCGUUCAGUUGGUCUGCCAAUAUUAUAGGACAGAAGCGAUGGUGGUUCUUCCCACCAGGCGAGGAGGAGAAGUUACAUCUGAUAAACAACAACCGAUUGCCCGCGGAUAUCCGUGCUUUGGAUCUGGAUCAAUUAGGAAUCCGGUACGCAAUGUUCGAUCAGUUUCCGGGUCAAGUGGUGUUCGUCCCGUCCGGUUGGUAUCACGAAGUGUUGAAUUUGACCGAUUGUGUAUCGAUCAAUCAUAAUUGGUUCAAUGCAACCAAUGUAGCUCGGAUUUGGGAACAUUUACAGGACCAGCUUGAGAUGGUUGAAAAAUCGACAGAAGACGUACGCGAUACGCCUGGUUGGCAUGAACAGUGUCAAAUCUGUUUGCGCGCUCUGACUGGGAUUAAUUUCCACGAAUUCUUGGUUCUACUCAAGUACAUCCUCAUAUCUCGAUGGUCUUAUACAGACCCUAUUCCACUGGAUUCUUUGCUCACACCGCGCGCCGAUGGACAUAUUGCACAAGAGACUGAAUCUCUACUCUCGUUUGAAAAACAACUGGAUGUCGCAUUUUGUCAUCGGUUUGAUGUGGAUUCCACUGUACUUGACCGUGCUAAGGAUUUGCCCCUGGAAAAGGUUUUCAGUGAUGUCAAUGAGCAGUUGGGCUCAGUGGAAUUCAGUUCAAUUGACUGGCUUCCUAGGCUGGAUUUUUGUAGUGCUGCAUCUGUACUAUAUUCUUUUUGCAAGCAUCCCAGAGUACGCGAUUUGCAGUUGAUUGGUGAUAGCAUCAAACGGCGCCUGAACGCUAUCAAAUGGAUCGAUUGA